AUGGGCUGGAUCUCUUCCAUCCUCGGCACCGACAAAUCGGCGGAUCCCCUCGGAAAACUCGAUCCCAGUCUCCGCGACUUUCUCGAAAAAGAAUCACCCCUCAAGUACCCGACGAAGCAGCCCGCGAACCCCCCUCCACCAGCCCAAGAACCCAGCCAUGACAAUUCUGCGAUAGCACCGGCUCAGGCGCAGAAGCCGGCUGUGCCCUCGGCGAGCUUGUAUCAGGACGGACGAUAUGCACACUUGUGGAAGAACUACCAACCGCUGGCCGAGAUCGAGGCCGAGACUGCGAGCGAUCAUGAGAAGCUCAUGAAUGUCCUCCAGUCGUACAAGGAGAGGAAGGAGGCCAUUGGAAAGGCUGCGCUGGAGAACUGCGCAGAGCACCAGGAGGAAUGGGUGAAUUGCAUGAAGCAUGGCACAUGGGAAGAUCAAAUGCAAAUGUGCCGGCACCAAGUGCGCAGGUUUGAGCGGUGCUACAUGAUGCAAUCGCGAUUCCUUCGUGCGCUGGGAUAUGGAUCGGUUGAGGGCAGGUCUGCCGUGGUGGAGGAAGACAUCCAGAUGCACGCCGACGCUCUCUUCCAACGGAUGAUCAAGCACGAGGACGCCGUGGAAAAGGCCAAGGCCGAAGGACUCCCUAUCCCAGUCUUCGAGCCCGCGAUACCCAAGUCCAAGGCUCCAAUGGUGACGCCCACCGAGGAGCUCCAGCAGCAAUGGAAGGAGCAGCUCGAGAAGCUCCCGGAGGAGGAGCGGGCAAUGGAGGAGGCUGCUCUGAGGGCCGAUCUCCAGGCCAAGGCCGAGGUCGCGGGCAGCGUGCAGAAGAUCUGGGACACGCAGGCGGAGCAGAGGAAACAGCGACAAGCAGAGGGCAACUCAACAUUUGGGGAUUAUGUUGCGUCUCUGUUUGGGAAGUCUGGAAAAUAG